GUCACCUGUCACCGGAGUCAGUUGUUCACAGAGUGACAUUCCGUCUGUACGUGUGCGCGUGCGACGCGAGCUAGACUUUGAUUGUGCGAGCAUUUUGCACGUAAUCGCGUUUAUUCAAUUACAAAUUAUCUUAUUAGAGUCGGUCGGCUGACGAGUGGUCAGUGGGGUGACGCCUGACCACCUCCGGCCCAGACACGAGGCGUUGUGCGAACAAAAAAACUGCUUAGAAAACCGCGCGCGCUUGUGCGAAUGUUUUUGCAAUUAUUUAUGUGUUUUCACUAAAAAGAGUGUGUUUGUGAGUGCAGCAUGAAGGAACCGCAGGGCCCCUACCCUCAGGAGGCGUCGGACGAUGAGGCCGGGCUCGGGUAUCAGAAUACUUUGAUGUAUGGGCGCUACCAGCGCGACCUGAGCGAGGCGGCGCGCGAGGAGGCGCGGCGGCUGCGGCGCGUGCGCAAGCGCCGGCGCAAGGACGACCGCGCGCGCGCCAAGGAGCUGGAGGCCAGCGGCAAGCACCGCCCGCGGGGGAAGCUGGUCAAAGUCCUAGGCUACAUCUGGAGACACUCGUUCGCGCGUCUGGGCGAGGACUGGGUGUUCCUGGCGGCGCUCGGCAUCAUCAUGGCCGUCAUCAGCUUCGCCAUGGACCGCGGGAUCGCCGUCUGCAAUAACGCUCGCAUGUGGAUGUACAAGGACCUGGCGACGUCCACGUUCAGCCAGUACAUCGCGUGGGUGUCGCUGCCGAUAUGCCUGAUACUGUUCGCCGCCGGGUUCUGCCAUAUCGUCGCUUCACAGAGUAUUGGCUCCGGGAUCCCCGAGAUGAAGACGAUCCUGCGCGGCGUGCACCUCAAGGAGUACCUGACGCUGCGCGCGCUGGUCGCCAAGGUGGUGGGGCUCACGGCCACGCUGGGCUCCGGCCUGCCGCUCGGGAAGGAGGGCCCGUCAGUCCACAUCGCGUCCAUGGUGGCGGCCCUACUCUCGAAGCUGGUGACGUCAUUCCAGGGCAUCUACUCCAAUGAGUCUCGCACCACGGAGAUGUUGGCGGCGGCUUGUGCUGUCGGAGUUGCCAGUUGUUUUGCUGCGCCUGUUGGAGGCGUUUUAUUUUCGAUCGAAGUAACGACGACAUACUUUGCUGUGAGGAACUAUUGGCGAGGAUUCUUCGCUGCUUGCUGCAGUGCUAUUAUGUUCCGCCUGCUCUCCGUCUGGUCGGGGGCCACGCCGACGGUGAAGCCGCUGUUCCCGACGCACCUGCCGCAGGACUUCCCCUUCGACCCGCAGGAGUUCGCCGUGUUCGUGCUGCUCGGCAUAGUGUGCGGGCUGCUGGGCGCGCUGUGGGUGUUCCUGCACAAGAACUACGUGCUCUUCAUGAGGAACACCAAGAGUCUCAGCAACUUCCUGCAGAAGAACCGCUUCAUCUACCCCGGGUUCAUAACGCUGGCGGUGAUGUCGAUCCUGUUUCCACCAGGGCUUGGAAAAUACAUGGCGGCCGAUCUGGGCAGCCAGGCACAGGUGCUAGCCAUGUUCGCCAACUUCACGUGGACGGACCAGCUGACGGCGGAGCAGGCGUCGGUGGCGGCGCACUGGCAGACGCCCGAGCUCAACGUGUUCGGCUGCCUCGUCGUGUACUUCCUGUCUGUGUACUUCCUCUCCAUGGUGUCCUGCACGCUCCCGGUGCCGGCAGGGGUGUUCAUCCCCUCGUUCAAGAUGGGCGCGGCGCUGGGCCGGCUGACGGGCGAGCUCAUGCACUACUGCUGGCCGCUGGGGGUCGCUUAUGGAGGCCACGUGCAGAAGAUACUGCCCGGCGGGUACGCAACGGUGGGCGCGGCGGCGUUCACGGGCGCCGUCACGCAGACCGUGUCCACCAUGGUCAUCGUGCUCGAGAUGACGGGACAGGUGACUCAUCUACUGCCCACGAUGGCGGCGGUGCUGGCGGCCAACGCCACUGCCUCCCUGCUGCAGCCAUCGUGCUUCGACAGCAUCAUACUCAUCAAGAAACUGCCGUAUUUACCUGAUCUACUGUCGUCUGCUAGCCGAAUGUACGACAUUUGCGUAGAAGACUUCAUGGUGCGCGACGUGAAGUACAUCUGGAACAGAAUGACCUUCCAGCAACUAAAGGAUCUGUUGAAAGAAAAUAAGACAAUAAAGAGCUUCCCGCUGGUGAGCAGCCCGGGCGGCAUGGUGCUACUGGGCUCCAUCCACCGCUGGGAGCUGGUCAAGGUCAUCGAGCAGCAGGUCGGCCGCGAGCGACGGCUGCAGGUGGCAGCCCUGUGGCACCGCGAGGCGGAGCAGCGGCGGCGCGAGGAGGCGGCCAAGACGCCGCGCGUGAGGCGACCCAGCCGGUUCGAAGUGACCCCGGCCCCCGACUCGCUGCACCCGCCGGGCGGCGGCAUGACGCGCGGCUCCUCGCUCACCACGCAGGACCAGGGCGGGCUUAUACCCGCCCCCGGCCAACUCUUCCGUCCCAAGUCGAUCCUGAAGAAGACCAACUCGUUCACCCUGACCCGGGGGCUCGGGGCCGGGGGCCAGUCCCCCGCGCCCCCCUGUGUCUACACCACCGUCACAGGGGCAGAGACCAGGAUCCGAGCGGCAUUUGAAGCAAUCUUCAAGCGUUCCUCGAUGCUACACGACGUGGAGGGCGGCAUGGAGCCGCUGCCACAGAGCCCUAGUGUCUACAAGAAAGUCACAUUGCCCCGCGAGCGCGUGUGCGACAUGUCCCCGGAGGACCAGCGCGCGUGGGAGGCGCUGCAGAUGGCGCGCGAGGUGGACUUCGACCGCAUGCUGCAUGUGGCGCGGAGGAGGGACACGCAUCCUGACGACGAUGACUACGAAGACGACAGUCUGUACAUGUGCCACAUCGACCCCGCGCCCUUCCAGCUGGUCGAGAGAACCUCGCUACUCAAGGUUCACUCUCUAUUCUCGACGCUGGGCGUGAGUCGCGCGUACGUAACGGCGAUCGGACGACUCAUAGGAGUGGUCUCCUUGAAGGAGCUCCGCAAAGCCAUUGAAGAUGUGAACUCUGGAGCCCUGACGGUGGCCAACCGACCGGAGCCGCCCUCUACGCCGCUGCCUACUGUCAUUAAGGUCCAAACUUCAGAGCCAGCGCCCCCGUCCGACAGUGAAACAGCGAAACUGACCACCACCAGUGAGAAGUGAUGAUGAUCAUGAAGAUAAACUGAGUGAGUUUAACAAACUUCGCAUUACUGAAGUGACGGUGACACGUACAGUCAACUGGUUGAUGAUUUAUGUCUCAGGUCAGAGUGUAGAAUGUUGCCCGUUUGUCCAGAAAAUAAUAUAUCGACCUCAGCUGUCUGAUCUGAAUAUUCUAUCCCUUUUCAACUAUUUGUUAGAACUGAUGGCUGAUGAUGAAAAAUACUACCAAUGUAAGAAUGUAAGUUUUAUCAAUGUCAUAAGUAUAAUCAUAGGAUCACGUUCAAAAGACAAUAAAUUGAGAUUCUUUAUGUAGUUGUUAAAAUAUUAUUAUUAUUUUGUAAUUGAAGCUAGUUACAAUUUUCAUCAACAGAUGGCGAUCUAUCACUUAAAACUGUCUUGAUUUUAGAUAACGCAAAAUAACAAUGGUAUACCUAUAGCUAAUUCAAAAUUAUGACGUUGAAUCUCAGACUGUUUAAAACACCUUUGACUACAGGUCAACUUUCUACCUCCAGGCUAGUAGCGACAUCUGGUGGUCAAAAUUGUAACUAACGAAGGUUGCUUUUGUUGAUUGUGUGGCUGGAUGUUAUUUGCUUCGUACCUCACAACCGUUAGAAUAUAAUAUUUAUAAUGUAUAAGUAGGCAAUAAGAAAUGCUGGUCCAAAUAUGUAUCUUAUUCUUGUGAUAAUAUGAGUGCGUUUCGAAUAGACGAUACCUAUUGCCUUGUUAGCCUCCAACUUCAAAGACAUUUUACUAUAAAUUUGUGACCAAAUUACAGAAUUUGUAACAAUUUUGACAAUCUGACGUACCUCAAACGAGGCAAACUAAAAUUAACUUUAUAAGUAGACAUCAAUAAAAACAGUAAAAUUAUUCAGGUGAUUUUUCCAAGUAGUAGAAUUUAAGUAACUCGGAAAGUGCCCCUGAGUCACCCCCUUUCGUUUAAUCCAUACUUUCAAGGACAUCCUGUAUAGCUUAGUAAAAAUGUUUUGUCUUUAUUUUAUGACUAAGGCAGCACAAAUAAUAAUAUUACAUGAGAUUAGAAACUAUAAAAUGUGAAUUUUUGGUAGGUUAACUUGCAUGGCGGUAAAAUUACAUUUUACGACAGUUAUACAGUGUGUUGCAAAAUGGGUAUGCUAUUUUUUUGCGAAUUUCCAAAUUCAUAGAACAAUCGUUGUUCAGAAUGACCCCCUGAGUCACCCCCUUUUGCCUUUUUGCAACACCCUAUAUAUAAAAAAAUAUACUAUAACUAAUGUGUGAAUUUUGAUUGGUGCUAAUUGUAUACGAUUGUUCGAAGAAAGCGAGGUCUGUUUAGCAAAACAUGCUUGCCCAUUGGAGAUUAUAAUUAUGUUAUUACAAAGUGUGUAACUGGUUGAUAUGGACAAAAAUAAUUAUUAAAUAGACAAAAUAUAUUAAGGGUUUUUUUCACAAUGUCUGGUUAGUGGCUACCUGUGAGAUAAAAUACAUGCUGUCACUGUCAAUCAAAUAAUAACAGAGAGUGACAGCAUGUAUUUUAUCUCACAGGUAGCCACUAACCAGACAUUGAGGAACAGGGCCUAAGUAUAAUUACGUAGUAUACACGUGAGCAAUGAAAAAGUUCCAGUGACAGCACCAAAUUACUCCUAAACGUCAAACGCCGUCUACAAUAUUUAAGUACAUUUAACAGAGCAUCAGAAUAUUACCUAACAACUAAAGACGUAUCUGUUUUAAUUUGCUGUGCCCGACAGGGUCCAUAAAGUUCUUAACUUAAUGUAUUUAACACCUGUAAAAUUUACUUAUGGAUGCAAUAAAAGAUUGAGUACUGAGUACCUAAUAUUUUAUUCAAAUUAAAAUGGUUUUAAAAAUGGGGGCCGUUUGGUGGUGCAUUUUGUGGGUGGAACUUUAGAAAACCAAUUCAGUAUUUUUUAUAUUUAUAAGUACACAAUAAUACUUCCCUCUUGAUUUACGAAAAUUGAUAAAAUAUCCCUAACUCAAGGCUUGUGAUGAAAUUCUAAAUCAUUCCAAAUCUUGUUAUAGUUAGUUUUAAGAUUAUAAUGUUAAUUAAAUCUACUUUAAGGCACAAAUUUUUAGUGAUAUUGAUAUUGUACAACCUAAAUAUUUCUUCAAAUAUUAAAUUAUAACCCUUUUAGGUAUUCAAUAAGUAGAUAAAUUCUUAUAAUAUACUUACCUAAGUAAUUGUAUUUUUAUGAUCAUUCAUCAUUUAAAAGUAGAGUUUUUUUAUGGUGGUGCCAUUUUUAUUUAUUAAGAUUUAACUCAUAUUUUGUUGUGCCAUAGAAGGUCGAUUUAGAAAGAAGUCAAGGCAAUAUUUAUUUUUCUAUGUUAUAUUUUACAUUUUUGAUAUUUCAGUCGCAAAUUUUUAUAAUAUACAAUACAAAAAUUUUCACAAAAUAAUGGUUGUGAUAUGAAAUGGAACAUAUUUUUUUUUAUAUACAUAGAUAUAAAUAUCCGUCCCAGAAAAUACGUAUGUAAAAUUAAAACUCUUCAUAAAUGAUUUACUUCUGAAAACGGUGUGUGAAAAAUCAUAUUUAAAUAUUUAGUUGAAUUGAAACAUUAAUAUGAUAUAUUUUUAUAGGUACCUUAGUGAGAUUGGUUCUUUGUAUCCUAAAAUUCUGUGAUGUAUUUAUUUAUUGUAUCAUUGGUGUGUACGAGUGUUGCUAUCUGGUCAAAUCAUGUAAGUAUAGGGUGAGACUUUAUCAUUGACGAUCCGGUUGCCAGGUCAACGUACCCGACGUAAUGAGAAACAUUUUUUUCUAAUCACGUAAAAUAAACGGGAAGUACGUCAUUGAUAAAAUUUCACCCCAUAGAUAUUUUUUGCUAUUUUCGACUCGAAACUUGAAAUUUUUAGGUUGGCCCUUUAAAGAUAUAUUAACUGUAAGCUUUACAAUCUGAAUGUUGUUUUGUUAAAUCAAGUAAAAGAUUCAUUCACGUCUACUAAGA